AUGACGUCAAACAUUGAAGAAGCUAAGGCGUUUCUAGAGACGUCUAAGCGUAUGAACCUUAGCAUCUUAGACGCCCAAGAAGAGUACAAAUCACAAACCAAACUCGUCGAUCCUCGUGCUAUAGAUGACGAAAUAAAUCAUAAACUAGGAAUUUUGGAUAAAUUGCGCUUCACUUACUUAGAAUCCAUGUCUCGGGAAGAGCUACUUCGAAAGAUAGACGAUGAUGAUUUAGAUAUUGGCCAGCUGGAAAUUAGACAAAUUGAACAAGAAACAACAGAGGCGGAAAAGGAGUAUCAGAAAUUAGAAACAGAAUUGUAUUUGAAAGUUAAUGAACAUGAACAAGAUACAAGGGAAAUACUUGAAUUAUAUAAAACAUACGAAAGUGAGAUUCAGGUGUUUAAAGAUUUACUUGAUGACGCUGAAGCUUUGGAGAACGAACUACAAAGCAUGAUAAAUCUGUGCGAUCCCGAUGUACUGUUAAUAAUUCAAUCUAAACUUGACCAAGAGAAUCCAACUGGGGAUUUUGAGUCCGAAAUUGAAUGGAAUAAACUUCAAACCGAGCUUGAACAAAAGCAGUUAGAUGAAUUGAGUAAACAAAAGGAUGAGAUAAAGGCUCAAUUGCGAGAAGUCGAAAACGAGAAAGAGGAAAUCCGCAAGAGAUUAUUGAACUUAAAAACAAAAGCAGCCCUAUCGGCAAACAGUCAGGAUCAAUGGAGCGUGGUAGAGAAAGGAACUCAAGAAUAUGCACAAUUCGCUAAACAUAUGCUGGAAAUACUUUUGUUGCUUUCGGCUGAGCCAAAGGAUAUUAAAGUUCAACAGUUAGAUUCAGAAACUUAUCAAUUGGAUGUAUAUCCUUACAAAAUGUCAAAAAUUUCAGUUGUGUAUACUAGAAAAUUCAACAUAAUAAGUAUUGACGGGAUAAAGGAUACCAAUAAAAUCAAGCAGUUCAUCCAUUCCAUAAACUCAUUUGUUCCGAAUGACAGUAUUAAGUUCAUGGAUUUAGUAGGAAGCUUUUUAGCAGAAUUUAUAGGUCAAUAG